UGCGCGGAUUUCUGAACAAUGAGGACCACCAACACUAAUCUCGAAGCUAGUUUACUUCACACUAACUGGUUUACCUACCCUGAGAAAGCCUUAAACGAAAUGGAAUUGUACUAAACAACAACUAUGGUCUAGAUGAAGCAUGUUCUUCUUCUUUGGACAUAACAUUGGACAUCGCAUAGGCUACCAGUUGAUUCCAUUCUUAGUUCUCGAACAAUCAUGGCACGUUCGGUUUUACUGUUGCAUGGCACAUUUGCUUAUUAAUCAGUUUUGAUGUUUUAUUUUUUUAUGCCAAGCAGUUAUUAUUGGACAAUUUGUAGAAGUGUAGAGUAGUAGAGUGACUGACAUCUGGAAUUGAGGGAAAAACGGUCUCUUCGCAGCGCAUGGACAGGUUGUCAUCGUGAAAUUGGAUUGAAAUUCUACAUUAUCAUAAUUGUUAAAUCUUUCAAUGGGUUUUAGAUAUUGAACUCUAAAACAUAUUCAUUUGUAUUCAGCAUCUUUAAAAAGUUGGCAUGGACCUGAUAUAAAUUGAGGAUAACCAUCACCCAUAGGUUUAUCGCCAAGGGAAAAUGUUUACUCGGUAUUUAUGUUCCAACGGGAAUUUAUUUGACCCAGGACAGGUUCCACAAUUGGACUAAGUUCUACAAUGAAGUUAUGGGACACCUUUACCACCUGUUUCGUGCUGCUGAGCAGCGUACAUACGAGCCCUCUCCGGAACCGACAGUCCACAAAAAGAACACGCGCUUCAGAGAGUCUCCAUGACUUCCCGCCAAUGCAGCUCAGUAUAUUUUCAACCAAAAGUCCAGAAACAGCCGACAGGGAAGAGCGAUCUGUAGAAACACAAUAUAACAUGGUUGAGCUUCAGCCAGAGCAGUUUGAGGAUGUGGUGGAUUUCAUCAAAGUCACCAUCAGUAGACUGAAAAGCUCGCUACACCUGGGCACGGGCUCAAGGAUACGAAUGAAACGAGAGAGAAGGAAAGGAGGGAAGGGAGCAACCAGAGGAAAGGACCAGAGGGAGAGGUCUGGGAUCGGACGAGGGAGAGGGCGAGGGAAAGGGGGCAGAGGACAAGGCUGUCUGCUCAAACAGAUCCACCUGAAUGUGACUGACCUGGGCUUAGGUUAUCAAACCAGCGAGGAAAUGAUCUUCCGGUACUGCAGCGGACCUUGCAGGAACUCGGAAACGAACUACGAUAAAAUCCUCAACAACCUCACCCAAAACAAGAGGCUCCUGCCGGAAACGCCACCUCAUGCUUGCUGUCGACCAGUCGCCUUUGACGAUGACCUGUCCUUCCUGGAUGACCACUUGAUGUACCAUACAAUGAGGAAGCAUUCUGCCCGAAGGUGUGGCUGUGUCUGACCUCCAGCCUCUUGUGUCACUAAGAAGAGAGUCAAUAGUAGUCAAAAGAACAUGGCUUGGAUCAAAACCAAGAUACAUAUUGUAGAGGCCAUCCUGGAUCCAUUAAAGGUACAUGAAAUGAAAGGGCCUACCAAUGCUUUGUGUUGUCGAUAGGAUGAUUUAAGAGGCAUGCCAUACCUCUCCAUUGAUAAUUAUAUCCCACCACUAACUGAUGACUUCAAAAUCAGGAUGAUUACAUCCCACCACUAACUGAUGACUUCAAAAUCAGGACGAUUACAUCCCACCACUAACUGAUGACUUCAAAAUCAGGAUGAUUAUAUCCCACCAAAAUCAGGAUGAUUACAUCCCACCACUAACUGAUGACGUCAAAAUCAGGAUGAUUAUAUCCCACCACUAACUGAUGAUGUCAAAAUCAGGACGAUUACAUCCCACCACUAACUGAUGACUGUCAAAAUCAGGAUGAUUACAUCCCACCACUAACUGAUGACUUCAAAAUCAGGAUGAUUAUAUCCCACCACUAACUGAUGACGUCAAAAUCAUACUGACUCUAUGGAUGGUUUUAGAUACUGACGAUG